AGGGUUAUCUCUUGGCUGCGCUCGAUCGAUCGAUCAUCCCAUCAAAGAGUGACGGCGCGGCGGCUGCUGCGAGGUGGUGGAGUAUGGUGGUCGGGUUCCGCCGCACGAUCUCGUUCCCCGCGCCCAAGGCGGCGGCGGCGGCGGCGGCGAAGGGCGAGGCCUACCGUGUCCGGUCGGCGAGCCUGCCGUGCCGGUUCCAUCCCUUGGUGGUACAGCUGGAUGAGGAUGUGGCGACGAUGAGAGGGGUUGUGGGCCGCCUCGCGUCGGGCGCGUCGGCGGGCUCCGUCGCGGAGGCCGCGGAGCAGCUCGGGCGGGUGCUCGUGUCGCUGUCCGAGCUGCUCCACCACCCGCAGGCGCAGGAGCCGCUGAGGCGGCUCGGGCGGUCGCCGUUCGCGGAGCGCCUGCUCGAUGAUUUUCUCCGCCUCGCCGAUGCGCACGGUAGCUUCAGGGCGGCGCUCGUCGCGCUCUCCGCGCUCCAGGCCGAGGCGCGCGCCGCGCUACGGCGCGAGGACCCGGCCCGCCUGGCGUCCGCGGCUCGCGCGCUGCGCCGGUCCGGGCGAGACCUCCCGCGGAUCGCCUCCUCGGCGCGCGCCGUGGCAGCCAAGCCGCCGCCUCCCCCUCCGGCGGGCCUCCCGGCUGACGGGACAGCCCUUGCCGCCGCCAUCGCCGACGCGACCGCAGCCGUCGCCUCGGCCUCGGCCGCAGUCUUCUCCGGCGUGUCGUCCCUCUCCAUCGCCGCCGCCACGGCCCGUGUCGAGGUCGCCGCCACGCCCUGCUGGAUGCCCUCCCCCGCGAGAUUCACCACCCCAUCGGCCACGCCAAGACACCACAUCAUCACCACCAAGCCAUUGCCGCUGCGCAUAUGGUGGGUCGCCGACCUGAUGCGCUGGAUGUCGCGCGCGAAGCGCCGGUCAGCCAGUAAGCAGCACGCCGACGCGGACGCCUCCUCCUCCACCACCUCCUCCUCCUCCGCCGCCGCGCAGCCCCAGCCCGACGUCACCGUGGACCCGGAGGAGAGAGAACGGAAGGCGGCGUUCGAGCGCCUGGACAACCUGGGACGGUGCAUCGCGGACGUGGAGAGCAUCGGCGAGAAGGUGUUCCGGGCUCUGGUGAACACCAGAGUCUCACUGCUCAACAUUCUGAGCCCAAGCUUCUGAAGAAUUCACAACCAUACAUUAGAAAAAAAAACGCAAACUUGAUCGAAUUUUGUGUCUUUGGAUGAAACAUCUGUACAUAAAAAUGGGGCCUUUCUUUAGGCUUUUGAUAAUCAUAGUACUGGCAUGUUCUAGGCAGCUCCA